AUGCUGUUGAAUCAGUCCCCUCGGGGGUCUUUCAGUGUUCCUGUUAACAUCACCCUGCAGGGUGUGCGACGACGACACAUGCGGGAUGUCUUCUACCAGCAAGCCCAACUGCAGGAAAAUGGAGGCAAGUGGAGGAAAGAGAGAGAUAUGAAGUGGAAUGAGAAAGCCAGAGCUCAAAUCCCAGAGUCCAGUUUGGGAGAAGAAAGAGCCAUUCUUUUGGGCUAUGCAAUGAUGACCUUCUCCGUCCUGAUGUACUUACUGGUGGGAAUCGUGAUGGUGAAACCAAGUUUAUAUAGUGACUGGAAACCUAACAACUGCUCAUGGGUACAGACUGAUUUGGUGGAUGAAGUGAUGGAUUGCCGUGGCAUUGAUAGCUUUAAAUGCCUGCGUAUUUUGGUGAACAGCACCCCUGAAAAAACACUUCGACUUUACAAUGACGAAGACACUGUGAAAUAUAGGCCAAAGACAAAUCUUUGUAAAUCUAAUUUUUUGGCAUAAUCUUUCCCUCAGUGUUUCUACACACCGAAAUGCCAACGAAAUAAGACAGAACAAGAGGCUGAGGCCAGUAACAUCAAACAUGUGUUCAUUAUGCAAGGGGAGAAUAUGAUGUGCUAUCUCAGUGAUAAAUACCCGAAUAAUGCCAUCUUUAGGAGGAAAUACACCAUUCAAAUGGCCUUGUACUACCUGCUGUGGCCCAGCCUCAUGAUGUUUGGUGGAAUCCUCCUGGUGGGGCUGGUGAAGCUCAACCAGCAUCUUGCUUUCCUAUGUGCUGAGAUCAGUAGAGAGGAGUUUCUGGGCAAGCAGAGCAAACUGACAAAGGGAAGGAUCUAGCGGCUCCUAAGAAGGAAGCCUGGAGGCCCCACAGAGCAGCACAACCCAGUUAAAUAG